AAACCAUUGCCAUGGGCCUCACCGACCUCAUAUGCACAACUGUCAUAGCGGCCACGGGGACAAAGAUCUGCCGGUGCUACCAGGACCCUAUCCGAUUGUUGCUGACCCUAGCACCUGUGAUAUUGUCAAGGCUACACAGUAUGGAAUAGUAGAGCGAUGCAAAGAACUGGUAGAAGCAGGAUAUGACGUUCGACAACCAGACAAAGAAAAUGUGACUCUUCUUCACUGGGCGGCGAUUAACAACAGACAGGAGCUGGUUAAAUAUUAUAUUUCCAAAGGUGCAAUUGUGGAUCAGCUAGGAGGAGAUCUGAAUUCAACUCCCCUUCACUGGGCCAUUAGACAAGGACACCUACCUAUGGUCAUGUUACUGUUGAAAUGUGGAGCAGAUCCCAGUCUUAUCGAUGCGGAAGGAUUCAGUAGCAUUCAUUUAGCAGUGCUUUUUCAACACAUGCCCAUUGUAGCUUACCUCCUAUCAAAAGGCCAGAACAUAGACACAACAGACUUCAAUGGACAAACACCUUUAAUGUUAUCAGCACAAAAAGCAGUUGGACCCGAACCCACGAGGUUUCUCUUAAAGUUUAACCCCUCUCUCAAUGCUGUAGACAAUGUUCAAAAGAAUACUGCACUGCACUGGGCAAUAACAUCAGGAAAUACCAGUGCAGUGGAUCUGUUGCUGGAAGCUGGUGCUAGCCUGGACAUAAAAAAUCUCAAGGGAGAGACACCACUUGACCUGGCUUAUCAAAGUCUGAAUCGCUUCAUGGUGUAUAUGGUAAAAGAGGAAGAAAGAAUGAGAAGCAGACGAAAUAACAAGUUACUGAAAAUAAUAGAGAAAUAUGAGCUCUUCCUGCUCCUGGCAUCUUCCUUGACGUGGAUGUGGGCCAUAGGAUACGUAAUGAACUUAAAUUCUGAUUCUUGGCUUUUGAAAGGAACCCUGCUUCUCUUCCUGCUAUUUGGGAUGGCUCUGUUUGUGAGGCAAUUUGUGGGGCUCAAGAACCUAAGGUAUCUUCCCACAGCAUUUCUGCUAAGUUCAGUUUUUUGGAUGUCCGUGACCUGGUUUUUCUGGUUCCUGCCUGAUGUAACAAAUACAAUUCUUGAAAUCACUGUCAUAUUCAGUGUGGUGGGUUUUCUUUAUUAUUUCUAUAAAACUUGGAGAACUGAUCCUGGAUAUAUUAAAACUUCAGAAAAAGAAAGAAAAGAGAACAUUGUAGCUCUUGCAGAAGCAGGUUGCUUGGACUUCAGAACAUUUUGCACAUCGUGUCUUGUAAGGAAGCCUUUGAGAUCUGUGCAUUGCCUUGCUUGUGAUUCAUGUGUAGCCAGAUACGAUCAGCAUUCUCUGUGGAUUGGACAGUGCAUAGGCACUGGGAACCAUCGUUACUACCUAUUGUUCCUGUCUUUCCUAACUGUGACCGGUGUCUGGCUGAUUUAUGGAACUCUUCUGUAUUGGUCAAACCACUGCGCAACAAGUUAUCAUCAAGACGGAGCAUGGACAUACUUCACACAGAUAACCUGUUGUUCUCCGUGGGUUUCCUACAUCUUCCUAGUAGCCUGUUUUCAUACUCUGUGGGCCUCCUUGUGGCUAACUGUUCAGCUUUUUCAGAUUGCAUUUUUGGGAUUGACCUCACAUGAGAGAUUGAACCUCCUGAUGCAGAGAAAAUCUUCUAAGCAUCCGGUUUCACUCAGGAGAACUCCAUACAAUCUCGGAUGCUUCCAGAAUCUUGCAGACUUUUUUCAGUGCGGUUGCUUUGGUAUGUUCAAACCCAAUAGAGUUGACUGGACCAAGCAAUACAACCUUUUUCAUCUGGCAAAGGAGAAAAAUGUUGAUUCUGUAUGAAGUUUUGCUUAAUUUCUAAAACCAUUUUGCUGAAAGAUAAAUAA